AUGACACGGCAUAUUUUCGGUGCCGCCUCAUCACUGACGACUUGUAUCUUUGCUUUGAGAAAAACUGCCGAAGAUAAUCAAAAUUUUUAUCCGAAAGUUGCCGAUUUCGUCCUGUCGAACACGUGUGUCGGCAAUCUACUUUAUUCCACCGAAACCGAAGAAGAGGCCAUUCGCGACACCAAGGACUUCAAGGCUCUCUGUCUAACUGGCGGAUUUAAUAUUGAACAGUGGAUGUCGUCAUCCCGUGGUGUUCUCUCAACAGUCGCUCUGUCCAAGUUUUCCCAUCCUCAUCUCGACUUCAAUUCUGAAUUGCUCCCGGUCAAAAGUACGCUCGGCAUCCUGCUGGAUUGGAAGACCGAUCAGUUCAUGUACACAGUCGAAUUGAAACAAGCAUCGACUACGCGUGAAGUGCUGCAAGGUUUAUCGAAGGUCCACCUUGUUCUCAUUGCCCCCGCCAUUUUGCCAGCCUGA